CUCAUUUCUAUAUUGUCAAGUAAAGUGUGUCCUCAUUAUGAAUUAUUGUAUUCACUGAAUUAAUUUAUUAAUCAAUAAGUGACUAAAAUAGUUUCCAGAUGUCAAGUACACCUAUAUUUGUUCAAAUAACUUACCUUAUGUUUUUAGUUUUGCCUGCUUUACAGGAAUCCAUUCAUCCGGUAGAGAAAUCUGGCUGGACUUGUUCCGCCUCAGGAGUUCAAGGCGUGUCAGUCGCACAACAGGCGCACACUGACCCGCGUGGCUCAGGCUGCGGGGGUCACGCAGGAAGGUCAAAGGUUGGGCCGGAGAGAGGUCAGCACCGUUCCCAUGGGAGACGGUUGGUGGCUGUCGGGGAAGAGUGAGACGGCGGCCGAGGAGGACACACAGAUCUACCCCUUCACCGUGACAACCAGCGACGAGGAGAUACAGGACCUGCACAGGCGCCUGGACCAGACCAGACCGGUGGAGGGCCUGGAGGACGCCUGCUUUCAGUACGGCUUUAACCCCGCCUACUUGCAGAGGGUCGUCUCUUAUUGGAGGAACCAAUUUGACUGGAAGAAACAGGUGGCUGUGCUCAACCAAUACCCUCAGUUCAAAACCAAGAUUGAAGGUCUGGACGUGCACUUCCUGCGCUGCACCCCUGCGUCUCCGGGCUCGGUGGGCUGCGUGGUGCGUCCGCUGCUGUUGGUGCACGGCUGGCCCGGAAGCUUCUACGAGUUCUACCGCCUCCUCCCGCUGCUGCUGGAGCCGCAGGACGGCCUCGCCUUCGAGGUCAUCUGCCCCUCCAUCCCCGGAUACGGCUACUCCCAGGCCCCGCAGGUCAAAGGCUUCAACACUCUGGCUGCUGCACGUGUGUUCCUGAAGCUGAUGAAGAGGUUGGGUCAUUCUGAGUUCUACCUGCAGGGCGGCGACUGGGGAUCCAUCAUCACCACCAAUAUGGCCCAGAUGAAGCCCGAGUGUGUGCGUGGGCUUCACCUUAACAUGUUUAACGUGACUUCGGGAGGCGUGGGGAUGGUGAUGUCACUGCUGCUGGGCCCGUACGUGCCGUCUCUGGUGGGCCUGAGUCAGGAGGACACCAGGCGCCUCUUCCCCUACGUGGAGAAGAACCUCCACACACUCCUCAGAGAGACCGGAUACCUGCACAUACAGGCCACAAGGCCCGACACAGCAGGCCGAGCGCUGAAUGACUCGCCGGUGGGUUUGGCUGCGUAUAUCCUGGAGAAGUUCUCCUGCUGGACCGACUCGCAGAACAAGGAUAUGGAAGACGGUGGCCUGGAAAGGAAGUUCUCUCUGGACGACCUCCUUACCAACGUGAUGAUCUACUGGACCACACGCUCCAUCACCUCCUCCAUGCGGUUCUACAAAGAGAACUUCAGCGAGAACAUCCAGAAGAGAGUGGACUCCAAGGUGAGUGUAUCUGUGCCUACGGGUUUAGCUGCAUUCCCCCAGGAACUGUUCCACACGCCACGCUCCUGGGCCCGCAGGAAGUUCCGGAACAUUCUCUCCUACUCCUACAUGCCAAGCGGCGGCCAUUUCGCAGCGUUUGAGGAGCCGCAGCUCCUAGCGAACGACUUCAGGGAGUUUGUGAGGAAAGUGGAGAAUUUGCAGAAAUGAAACGAUGGCAGAGGAGGGAAUGUGUAGGAAAGUGAAGAAAUGAAAUGACGUUGGAGUGUGUGUGUGUGUGUGUGUGUGUGUGUGUGUGUGUGUGUGUGUGUGUGUGUGUGUAUGUGGAGGGGGUUAUUCCAGGUGUGUGGCUUUGGUGACAAACCUGGGUAAGUUAACUCAACAGUAAGAGUGAUAAACCUCUUAAUGGAAGAGCACUAUGGCUUAAUUGUUGCAGAAAAACAAAAGCAAAAGGGCUCUUCUAUUAGGAGGACAAGUGAAGCAGAUCGUUGACAUGCCAACCAAACACAUUAGUAUCCAUAAGGGAUGAAAUCCCACCCUUCUUGGACCAGAAGGUGCCACACAGACAGACUGCUGCACAUUCAGACUGAGUCUACAACAAACACAUACACACACACACACAAAA